AUGUUUAAAAGUCCUAAGAAAUUAUUAGGUAAAAAACAUAAUAACAACAAUCAACCACCAAGUAUAAAUACAUUUCAACCACCAAAUGGUUAUAAUAACUCAAUUCAACUGGGGACAAUGACCCCAAAAAGAAAUAGUACAAGUUCAAGUAUGGCAAAAGUUGCAACUCCAACUUCACCAAAUAUUUUAAAUAAUCCUGAACAUCAAAGAAAAUUGGUAACUGAUAAAAUAAUACUAGAUUGUUAUUCAAAAACUAUUUCACAUGAUGGUCAGAAAAUGCAUGAAACUUCAUAUAUUGCUCAUAUUGGUAUAAUUGAAUAUAGUAAUUAUCCAAAUCAACCACCUCCACCUCAUUUGGAAAAUGUUGGUUCUAAAAAACAAAGAAUUUUGGUACUUUGUAGUAAAUCUUCAGGUAGAAUGCAAUUACAAAAGGGUAAAAAGAAUGAUAAGAAUUUUUAUCAAAUUGGUAGAACUUGGGAUUUAUCAGAAUUACAAUGUAUUAGAAAAAUUAAUGAAGAUUCAAUGAUUUUAGAAUUAAAUAAAAAUUAUUAUUGGAAAUGUGAUGAAGAUGAUACAAGGAUAUGGAAAUUUUGUCGAUAUUUAUGUCAAGAAUAUGGGAGUUAUAUGGGGAAAUAUCCAAGAUUAGAAGGAUUUACAUUAGAUGGAUUUAUGUUACCUGAAACUCCAAAAAUUACAAAUUCUCCAAGAAGUCCUAGAUCUCCAAGCUCAACUUCAAGAUCAUCUUCGAUAAAGGAUAAAUUAAAAAAUAAGGGGAAAGAUUUAUAUAAAGAAAUGGAUUUUACAUCUCAUGGUCAAUUACCUGUUAAACCAAUGAAGAUAUUAUCAAGAGAUAAAGAAACUAAAUUAGAUUCCGGAUUUCAAGAAAGACAAAAUGUUUUCAAUCAGAAACCAAAUUAUCAACAACCAGCUCCUCCUAUACUGAAACAACCCUCACAACCUAGUUAUCAACCAUUAAUGCAGAAACAACAAUCUCAAUAUCAAGCAGCAGCACAAAGUCAACCACAAGUUCAAAAACAACCAUCUAUAUCAUCUCAACAACCUCAAUAUCAAGCAGCAGCACAAAGUCGACCACAAGUUCAAAAACAACCAUCUAUAUCAUCUCAACAAGCAUAUCAACCUCAAGCAUCAUUACUGAAAAGAUCAUCACUUAAUCAAUCAACAAAUUCGAUUCAAAAACUGAAUACCUUACAUCAGUCACAAUCAUCAUUAAAAUCUUCAAGUUCCAGCCCACAACCACAACCAAUUCAAACACCUUCAAAUACUGGAAGUUAUUCACCACAUAAUCAUGAAAGAAGAAGAUCAUCUGAUUUUAAAUAUUCACCGCAUGAAAGGAAACAAUCAGAACCUAAGAUAAAUCCAUCUAUGAAUGAUUCAAGACAAGUUUCGGAAAGAUCAUCACACCCAUAUACAACAUUAUAUUCAAAGGAUAAUGAUUCACAUAGUUUUGUAUUUAAUGAUACAUCACAAAUUGAUGAAAAAAUUGAACCUAAAUUAGAUACAGUAAAUGAAACUAAACCAAAAGGAUUCGAGGAAUUUACAAAUUCUUUACCUGAAAGACGAAAAUUAGCAGCAUCUGCAAAAUCUCCAGAUUUUGGGAUUGAAGAAAUUACUGAUGAAAGUGAUAAUGAACAAGUUUUACCGAAAUCAAAUAAUAAUGGAUUAGGAAUUUCUACAUCUGCUAGAUCAUCACAAUUUAUUGAAGAAUCAAACAAAAUUGAGAAGAAUAAUGAAAUGCAAGAAUUGGAAGACAUGUUGGAUUCACAUUUGAAUGAUGAUUCAUUUCAAUUUAAUAAAGAUGAAGAAAAAUCAUUUGAUGAACCAGUCACAGUUAAUGAACCUGAAGAUGUAGUACCAUUACAUAUUGUUAAGAAAGAUGAAUUUGAAAGAGAUGCUGAAAUUGAUGAAAUUUUUGAUGAUAUUAAUUGGUCAAUUAAAACUGAUUCUGAUUUAUUAUUAAAAAAUUUAACUAAAGAAAUGAAUAAAGUUAAACAAGAAACUGUACAGCAAUUAGUUAAUGUUGAUUUAUCAAAUGAUAAAACAAAUGACAUUGGUUCAGCAAUUGAAGAAAUUGAAAAUAUAAAAUAUAUAUUCCAAAAAAUGGAAUCAAGUUUGAAAUUUAUUCUCCCUGAAAUUUCAUCAAUUGAUCAAUCAUCAAAUGGAUUACAAGUUAAAUAUAUUAAUAAGAAAUUAUUAUUUAAUGACUUAAAAGGUGUAUUGGAUAAAGUUUCAGUUGAUCAUGAUAAACUCAAAGAUAUUUCUGAAUUUAAAUCAUUUAAUGACAUAAAUAAAAUUCCAUCAUUUGAAAGAAAAUUGGUUAGUUUAUAUAAUGCAAUUGCUACCAUUAGAUCUCAAGAUGAAAAUGAUGAUUUAAGUUCAUUAAAAGCAUUACAACAAUAUCAAUCAACUUAUGAAAUUGUAAAUACAAAAUUUAUAAAACAUUUUAUUAAAUUUAUAAGAGGUGAAUUUGAAAGACUUCAAUUUAACGAUUUAAAUGAUUUAUUAAUAUUUAAAGGAUUGACUUUAUAUAUUAAAGAAAUUGGAGUUAUUGAAUUUCAAGAAUUGAACCAUUAUUUUAAUCAAAUUUAUGAAAAAAGUUUAGAAAGGUAUUUAAAUGGGAAGAUUUUAAAAUUAAAAGAACCAAGAAUAUCAUUACCUAAAUUUGACGAAGAAGAGCCGGAAGAGGAAGAAGAAGAUGAUGGUGAAAUACCAUUAAGAAGACGUACAGUAAGGAAAAAGAAAACUACACAUGGUCGAAAAGAGCAUUUUGAAAGUAUUAGAAAACAAUGGAGUAAAACUGAUAAUGAAAUUCAGGAUGGAACAGUUGUACUUGAAUUUAUCAAGGAUACUAUUUCAAUUAUAACAUUUAUGCUGAAUUUUAUAAAUAUGUUCUUCCAUUUCUAUGAUUCUAAUCAUAAAUUCAUAGAUUAUAUGGAAAAAAAUGAAUAUGAACCAAAUAUAACAAAUGAUCUAAUGAAUAAUUUAACAGUAUUAUUUGGUAAUUUUAUUAACAACUUUCUCAAAUUGAAUGUUUCAGAAUUGAUAAUACCUGGAAUUUUAUUACAAUUGGAACAUUUUAUAUCUGAAACUAAUGAAGAAUUUAUAAAUUAUAACUUUUUAUCUAAAAUUUCAGAAAAGUAUAAGAAUCAAUGGAAUAAAUUUAUACAAUCACAAGUUGAUUUAAUUAAUAAUUCAAUAAUUGUGGCAAAUAGUGGAGUUUUACAAAAUGUUAAAAAUGUAAAUUAUUUAUUAUAUCAUACUGAAACAUCAAUUGAUAAUAGAGAUAUCAGGGGACUUAAAAUAAAGAAUUUGAUUGAUAAGAAUUAUAAAUUGAUAGGUGAUUCAUUAAUUAAUUUAUUUCAAAGAGAAGAUCCAUUAUUGAAAAAUUCAGAUUUAGAUGAUAAAGAAAGAGAAAUUAGAAAUGUAAGUAUAUUACAAAAUAUAUUCUAUACAUUACAACAAGUAACAGAUUACUCCAAUAAUCAACAAAGACUUAUAGAUGAUUUAACUAAAGUGUUUAAAAAAAUUGAAUCAAUAUAUUUUGAAAAACAAUUACAUAAAACAAUUGGUAAAUUAAUUGAAUUUAUAAAUACUUAUCAAUCAUCUAAAAAUUUGAAUAAGAAGUACCUCAAAUCUUUACUUACCAGGUAUUCACAAAAGGAUAUACAAUUAAAAGUUUCUGAAAUUUACAAAAAGAUUGAAAAACAUUUUAAAUUAGAAGAUGCAAUUUUUGAAAAAGAUUUAAUUGAUAAAUUAUGGUCAGAUUUAGAGCUUAUAUUUAUUGAUUAUUUUACAAAAUUGAAUAAUAUAUUAAGAACAGAAAGAGAUAUUGAUUAUCAAGUAAGUAGAUCUGAUAUUCAUCAUAUUUUUAAACUGAUAAAUUAAUAUAUAAUUUUUUCUCGUCUAUGAUUCGAAAUUCUUUUAUUGCAAAUAAAACAUAUCCUAUACUUUGGUUUAAUAAAAUACCAUAUCAAUUAAAAUACUUGACUGGGGCAGGAAUUGGUGCUAUUUCAUUUAUAAACAUUCAUCCGAAUGUAUUACUUUCUAUUAUUCCACCAUUAAGUAUUUUGGGUUAUUUUGGUAAUAAAAUAUUUCACCGUUGGCAGUAUGAAAUAAAUGUGAAAAUAAUAGGUACUACAGCUAAAUCAGAUGAGAUUGUGAGUAUUGAACCUUAUGAUGAAACUUCAAUGAAGAAUGUUUUAGAUGGGAUAGAUAAUGAAUUUGAAUAUUUGAAAUCUAAAAUUUUACCAAUUGUAAAUUCACGAAUUAUUGAUUAUAUUUCAAAAAAUGGGACUAAUGAGAUAACUAAACCUUUAAUUGUUGAUUCUCAAUUUAAUAUAAAUAUAUUUGAAAAUGAUAUUGAGAAUUGGAUAACUAGUUCAAUUAAAAUUAAUGGUGAAAAUCAUCAAUUUAUAAAAUUCUCAUUGCCUUAUUAUAAUGAUAAGAACAGAAGUAAGAGAUUAGGAGUUAUGCAGGUAUUUCUAUUGAAAUUGAAACAGGAGGAGUAUAAGAUUGGGAUUGAAAUUAAUCCAUUAGCUUGGAAGACAAAGAAAUUUUAUUUUACAAAAAUAUAG